GUACUGCUUGGUGAGAUGCCUCCUUCUGACCCUGUAUUAAGUCAUUCAACUCAUAGUCUUAGUGUUGACCGCAAGAAGGAACCUGGAAUUGACAGACUGUCAUCGGAGAACCUUGGUAUGUCCAUUAGUAAUACCCAAGAAUCUUUAACUGCCAAAACCUGUGGAGUGCCGAGACCAGUCAAUGGAGUCAUUAACACUCUACAGCCAGGCUUGACAGAGCAAACUCAGGGAGAUGGCUCAGAUGCUGAGGAGCUGUUGCGGAAAAAGCAGAGAUUAAAUAUGAUGUCUUCAAUUCCUGAUGGAACCUGUGUGGCAGCCCGCACACGCCCUCUUCUCAAUUGUAAGAAGCGGAGGCUUGUUCGACCCAGCAAUCUAAUUCCACUAUCCAAAAAGGUUUAUCGUAAACCACAGCGGUGUGGUUGUGAUGUCAACUCUUUGUGUGUUCUCUGUGGCUCUCGAAGCUCAAUGCCUUCAGAAAUCCAGUAUGAAGCCCCUUUGAUGGAGCAUCUCUCACAGUUGGAUUCCUGCAUCCACCCUGUACUUUCAUUCCCAGAUGAUGUACAAGUAAGCUUACACCUUCAGGGCAUGUUGAAAUCCCACUUGCAGAACAAGCCCUGUGAGAAAAUCAAACCUCCCAAAAAGUUCGUGUUGAAGCACCGAUCCACCGGGCCUGUCAGCAGCCUGUCUGACUCAAUGCGCAAAGACCGUCACAAGCUGGUUAAUACCUUUUUAGCAGCAGCCAUGUUGAAGCAUCAUGCAGAGAUAGGAGGGCCAAGUUAUUUGUCAAGUGCUAUGGCCUCCACGGCUCACAGUUCCUUCAUGAGGCAACUCUCCACUUCCUCUGAAAAUUCCAUCCCUCCUGUCACCACAAGCUCCCUGGGAAGUUCCAGUGCAACUCAGCUGCCAAGAAGGAGAAGAGGGGAAAGCUCUUUUGAUAUUAACAACAUUGUCAUACCAAUGUCUGUUGCUGCCACAACCAGGGUAGAAAAACUUCAGUACAAAGAAAUUCUUACACCAAGCUGGCGUGUUGUGGAUAUUGGUGCUAUGAAGGUGAAUCCAGAUGAAGACAGUGAAGAGAUAGAGGAUAUGUCCGAUGCAGCCUUUGCCACUCUCCAUGCUAAGUGUGAGGAAAUGGAGCGAGCCAGGUGGUUGUGGAGCACAAGUUUACCACCACAACGGCGAGGUUGCAGGUCAAACAGGUCUACAGAUGGGUGGACAACCCCACAGUUGGGGAAUCCAUCUACCCCACAGCCAGCCUCACUUGAUGUUGGCAACUGCUGUCUGCAUUCUGAUUUCUCCUAUCUACACUCUCCACGCAGCCCCAUCAGUCCUGACCUGUUCUCUGGACCUCAUAUCCCUUUGUCCCGAGAAUCCACGUGGCAUCUAUCAACAGAAGACACACGUUGUUCCACACCGGAUUCUGGCCUUGAUGAGCAAACUAUAUACCCCUGGGAACGCCGCACUUUCCCACUGUCUUACAAUGCCAAGAUGGAGUGUGAGGAACAGACAGACCCACAGGACCGGUCAUCACGUUGCACGCGGCGCACAUCUGGCAGCAAGCCCUCCCGAGAACCAGACACGGCCUCCAUCUCACCUUCCCUUGCUUGCUUCAAGAGCCGGAAUUCAGGGGCCACAGCCACAGUUCAGCGGCCGGCCCACAGAUAAGAGAGGGACAGA